GAGAUCAAGAGAAAACUAUGGAUACAUAUUAAUUUGUGUCCACCUUAUAUCAACUAAAAACUAAGAGAGAUUAUCCACAGAGAAGACAACACAGGCACAUUUAUUAACAGAAACAGAGGCAACCUCAAGUAAAUCAGAAACCGAAGAGCACAGAGGAGAAAGGAAGUGUCACUGACUCCUCCAACUGUUGUGGGAAUCUCCCAAAUAUAGAAUCCAGGGAAAAGACAAGUGCUCCCAUCAUCAUUUCCAGGAAGAAAUUUCCAUUUUCCCCUCUCAAGCCCUUAAAAAGCAACUCUUCAUUUAUCUUUCCUGCUCAUGUCAUCCACUUGCUCUCUGCUCUAAGAGCGAGUGUGUGGCUCUCAGAUGUCCGGGUCUCUGCCCUUCCCUUCACCCUCUCCCUUUCCCUCAUGUGACUACAGAGAAUGGUCUGCAACCUGGGUGUUGAUUCCAAGCGUGUACCUCCUGGUGUUUAUCGUUGGCUCCCUGGGCAACGGCUUAGUGCUAUGGGUGUACCUGGAUCGUCGAGCGAGAGGCCGCAGGAGGACUGGAAGCGGUUCCAAAUCUUCCCAGAUCACCGAUGCACCUCCUUGUCCCUCCUCUACAUCUUCUCGUACAGUAACAGAGUCUUUAAUAGCCAGUCUAGCACUGGCUGAUCUGGCCUUUGUCUUGACCCUGCCGUUGUGGGCGGCGUACACAGCGCUGGACUACCACUGGCCCUUUGGCCAUGUUCUGUGUCAGGUGAGCAGUUACAUUGUGGCGCUGAACAUGUAUGCGAGCGUGUUUUCUCUGACUGGGCUCAGCGUGGAGCGUUACUGCGUCAUCACACGAAAGCGUGGAAAUGGCUCGAAGCAGGGGCGGUCAACCACUCGCGCCAAGUGGAUUGUGGGUAGCGUGUGGCUGGCAGCUGGAAUCCUGGCACUUCCUGCUCUGCUUCUACGGACUGUCAGGGAGGUGGAUUUAGAAGCAGGAGAUGAGGGCGACGGACAGGAUGAACAUGCACCCUCCUGCUUGUGUGACAUGGACUACUCCAGCUUGAUCUCAAGUGAGCUGGAUCCAGCAGCUUCGGAGCAGGCAGAGCUGAUGUGGUCAGCAGCUUUGGGGUUAAAAUCAACUCUCCUUGGCUUCCUGUUACCUCUUGUAGUGCUGCUGCUCUGCUAUGGCUGGCUAGGUCGACUUCUUUCCCAGCACUUCAGGCUAGGUCCGCGUCCUGAUCAUACACGGCAACGCAGGCUUCUUCGCAUCAUCAUCACCCUCGUGCUGGCCUUCUUCCUCUGCUGGCUUCCCUUCCACACCAAUAAGACACUCUCCGCUAUGGUGGAACUGGGCAUUCUUCCCUUUUCCUGCAGUUUUGACCAGUGGUUGGUGGCGGCCCAUCCAUACUCCAUAUGUCUGGGCUACGUGAACAGCUGUUUAAACCCUCUGCUGUACGCUUGCUGUGAUCCGGCUUUCCGGAAGCACUGUGGCAGUCUGCUUGUGUGCGUAUGGGUCAAAUGUAGAGGUCAGAAAGGAGGAGAGGAGGUUGAACGCAAUAAAAGUUCACCAAUACCAUCUGGGACACAUGAAGUAACAGUUAGUAAAGAAGAGCAAUGAAGAGAGGUUUGGCAGACUCUGACAGAGAUUAACUGUUUCUGAGGAAAAAAUUUUAAGGACUGUGAGAAUCAGAUUAUGCUUUCCAUUCCUGAGAUUUAGCAUGAACUUCACCCCCUCAAGAAAACAAGAUGCCAACAUAUUGUGGGAACUGAUAAACAGACAGGAUCCAGUGAAGGUUUUCCCAUGACAUUAUGCCUUAAGAAUGUAGAGGAGCUUUCAAGUUCUAGAUUAAAUAGAGCUGCAUCUGCCAGCACUAUGAUGCAGUUCAGACUGUAUGCACAGUGCAGGCAUUUUGUUGAAUUAUAAACUUUUGAAUUAUAUAUGAUAUUAGACCUCAUGUGCAAUUUUUUUUUUUUUUUUUUUUACAUGUAACAACUUUAAGAGCCUGUUUAGCCCUAUCAAUGACUUUCAGGAUGUAUUUUUGUAUUUAUAAAUGUACAUUUAUAAAAUAAAAUUAGGAAAAAAUACUUUUUUCAAACACAACAAUGUAGGUUGUACAAAAGAUGUGAGCAUAGUACUCACAUCUUUUUUAUGCUUUCUGAGGAUCUCCAUUAGUCUGACACUGCAGCAU